GCUCCACCCUAUUGUGGUCCUUGUUCCCGCCAAAAAUUAGGAGUUGCCACUAAUGGCAAAUCGCAGAGUAACCCACGCUCUUGCCGUUGCCCUCCUUGUCGUCAUCCUCCUGCCUCGGAUGGGUAGACCUGCCAAGUUCCCACGCUUCACCAUGACCCCAGGGACAAAGCAGCAGCUCAAGAAGUUCUUCAAGGACCACGCGCGUCGGACAUGGCCGAUCUCCUCCCUAGUCAGGGGCAGGGGGGGCGGCAGCUCCGAUGAUCAGAGCAAGCCGGGCGUCGGCAGCUCAUCACCCAAUAGCCCGGGCCAGCGAACUAGCGGCCAGAGCCAGGCCCCGGCCACUAACGCCGGCAUGUACCUGUACAGCUACAGCGUCGGCACGCCUCCGCAGAGCGUGUCGGGCGCGCUGGACAUCUCCAGCGAGUUCGUGUGGACGCAGUGCUCCUGCGCCACCUGCGACGACGGCGACGUGACAGCGCCGCCCUUCAACCCAGCCCUGUCCACCACCAUGGCCGAGCUUCCGUGCACGAGCACCACGUGCCAGGACUUCGUCACGCAGACGUGCAGCCCCGACGACGGCGACAGGUGCGGCUACACCUACAUGUACAGAGGCGGUGAGGCGAACACCACCGGGUACCUCGCCACUGAGGCGUUCACGUUUCGGCGGCGGACGCGUCGACGGCGUCGACAGCGCGGGCGACUUCGGCGGCGCGCAAGGCGUGAUCGGCCUCGGCAGGGGCCCCCUCUCCCUCGUCGGCUGCUCGCCAGCAGCGACUACCCCAACGCCUACCUCGUCGGGCUCACCGGCGUAAGGGUCGACGGCGAGGACCUUGCCAUCCCUCGGGGGACGUUCGACAUCCGAAAGGAUGGGUUGGGCGGCGGCGUGGUCCUGAGCAUCGCCGUCCCCGUCACGUUCCUCGAGGAGAGCGCGUACAAGCUCCUCAGGCAGGCGCUGGCGAGCACGAUACGGCUGCCCACGGUCGACGGCUCGGCGCUCGGUCUCGACCUCUGCUACGCGAGCCAGUCAAUGGCCACGGCGGCGAAGAUCCCGGCCGUCGCGCUCGUCUUCGGCGGUGGCGCCCUCAUGGGCCUGGAAGUGGGGAACUACUUCUACAUGGAUGCCGGCAGCGUGCUGGAGUGCCUGACGAUCCUGCCGUCGUCGUCCAGCGGCGUGUCGCUCCUCGGCAGCCUGAUCCAGGCCGGCACGCACAUGAUCUACGACAUCCAUGGCUCGACGCUGGCGUUUGAAUCGUUGGAGCAGGCGGCGCCGCCAUCGAAUUCGCCUUAAGUAACGUCGCCGCCACCACGGCGGUCAUCAGCUCCGCCGCCAACCUUGGCGGUGGUGGUUGCGCAUUUCUUCUGGUUCUGGGUCAUCAUGUUCACGGUUUUGUGAACUGUCGGUUCCCGCCAUCUAAAACAGAGGCGACAUGCUAAGCAAGGGAAUAAGAUUCAAUCAGGAUGACACAUUUCAUAUUAUCAGAAAGAAAAGCUUUCAUGCUUUUUGGCCCCAUCAUACAAAUCAAUAAAGUGCAAUUGCAAGUUGGUUUCAUGCAUUCAAGUACGGAAGGCCAAUACAAAGGGGGCGAUUACCCUAGAAAUUCAACCCUGCUACUGUCACUAUAAGAUUUCCAUGAAUUUUUUUUCACACGAUAUUUAAAACAAAAUUAAUUGAUAUUACUACCUUAGCAUUUAGCACAAACCGAAAGAAUGCCUCCCUGCACACAAAAUCUUCAUUGCAAGUUUGCAGCUAGGUCCCUACCCUACAGCAUCAUCAGGGCAACAGCAAGUCAGCAACAAUGGCAAAUAAAAUUGAUAGUCCUAAGUUUACAGUUGAGGAUUUGAGAGACAGCAUACAUUGCGCGGAGCUGUUUGGCAGCUGAUAACAGAGGGGCCACUGCCCUCGCCUGCAGGCAAAGACACUACCAACAAAUAGGUUACAGAUUCACAGGCAUCAACAUUAGACGGGCAUAAGAUGAAGGCCUAUGAGCUGGAACAUAUAUCAAGGUUUCGCCCAAAA